CCCACUCGCUCGUCUGCCGUCGUGCCGUGCGGUUCGUGUCGUGGCUCGUACGGGUUCUGCUUGUCGCGCGUGUGCUCGAUCUACCUCUUGACAGCGGCUCGUGUGCUCCAAAACGAACCCAGACCUUCGUUCUCGAUCGACGCGUUGUGUGCCAUCCACAGUGUUACCCCGUCACGUCCCUACUUACUCCGAGUGUGACACGACGUUGUCAAGGCGGAUUGUGUGUCUACCCCUGAGUUGCUCCGAAACGCACGAAAUGGAACAGAAUGGAACUCUUGACCGCUAGCGGCUGGGGCUGCCGCGGAUCACCAUUGGAGACGGUGUCCAUUUAAACGGGGGAUCCCCGGAGCGUCUAGCGAGGGAGAUAGAGCCAGCUUCGGGCGGGUUGAGACGCGAGGGACCGCCAGUUGAAGCGUUACAAGAGUCGUUAGGUGCGGGAUUCGCGAUACGGAGCGGAGCUUAAGAUCAAUAAUUCGACGUGGAAGACGCGGGCUUUCGAAGGAGCAGCCGAAGGCCUUGGGUGCUCUCGGCGUCGUCGAGAGUGACAGGGGACUCCGAGCGAAGGACGCGUGCCGCGAAGGAAUUCUGUGUGUGCGCCGGGUGCGUUGACACCUGUCUCGAAACGGAGCUGGACCACUCUUCAGGUUCGUCCCAACGGGGACUGGAGCGAUCUCUUUGUAGUGAUCGCCGCAUGAUAGCCGUAUCGUUGCGGUAGUGUCGGUUUCGUCGACUGCGAAGAUUGUGAAGGAAAGUGUUUGUUUGUUGUUGUCUUGCCCUUGGGCAGCGUAUGCAGCUUGAGGGAAUAUUAACACGACCCAGGAACACAGCCUACGCAUGCCGUGGAUCGAGAUAUCAGCAGAGAGCCGGAAGAAGAGAGCCGGUUCUAGAAGAGCCGUGCUCCAAUAAGCUUCCAGUUGGGUAGGCUUACAAAGCUUUUGUUUUUCGUUGUGGGAAGCUGUUGGUGGGCUCGUCGGGCCCACCCUCUCAUCGGUCAAGCUGGCGAGCGCUCUAACCGCUGGUAUGAACCCCCACCAUCCGGGCCACUCCGCAGCGUACCCGCAUCAUCCCUCGCUCUCGAGCAGUCCGCACCAUUCCGGGCCUCAUCACGGCUACAGCACCGGAGGCGGCGGUGGUGGGGGCGGUGGCGGCGGCACCACCACCACACCAGACUUGCCAAGUCCUCAUUCGCCGCCCCACGGGCCGGCCAUCGACCCAGCCACCCCGUACGGGUCGAUGCAACAGGGCCAGGGCAUGGGCAGCAACGGGCAUCAUCAUGGCGGUGCGGGAAUGAUGACCGAUCAUCCACAUCACCCGGGACACCCUCAUCCACACUUACCAGGACACCCCGCUUACCCACCGGUCAACCACAACAACAACUGUACAAUCAAGCAAGAAGGUGGUCCAAGCGGACCAACCGGAAUCCAACAGUGCGCCGGUUGCGGCGGUCAAAUAGUCGAAAGAUGGCUGUUGCUGGCGAUGGAUCGGUAUUGGCACAACAGUUGCCUGAAAUGCUCCUAUUGCGGCGCAGCAUUGGCGGAAAUCGGCCACUCGUGCUACACCAGGAGCGGCAUGAUUCUCUGCAAAAGCGACUACAGAAGGAUGUUCGGAAGCAGCGGUGCCUGCUCGGGCUGCGGCAACGCGAUACCUGCCAGCGAACUGGUGAUGAGGGCGGGUGGAUCGGUGUUUCACCAGAAAUGCUUCACCUGCAGCAAAUGUGGCAGUCAACUCGUUUCCGGCGAUAGGUACUACCUGAUGUCGGGUUCACCAGUGUGCGAGACGGAUUGGCACAAAAUCGUCAAGUCGUCGAGCGUGGCGGCCGCAGCCGCCGCCGCGGCGGCCGGCAAUGGCGGCGCCCCGGUGAGGAAAGGUAAGGUCGGUCGGCCUCGAAGGAGUCGCGAAUGAGGCGGCAACCCGGUCGGUCGCCCGAAGAAGGUGCAAGCCUCUCCACAGCCGACGCCACCCGUCGUCGUACCGUCACAGGUCGACGUCGUGGACGUCGGCGUCGGGGGGGAUCCCUAUUCGCCGCCUCCGCCGGGUCAUCAGCAGUACCACCACCAUCAUCACCACAUGGGCAUCGUGCAUCCGGGACUGGCGGUACAGCAAACGCACCUGCAGGCGUCCACCUAUCAGGACUGGUCUCCUUGGGCUCAGGACACCUGCGAUUGAACGAGCAAUCUUUCGUCGAUGCUCGAGGUCCAGGUCCCGCAGCCUCGACUGAACGAGAGCACGGGAUGAACCCUCGACCUUCUGACCGCCGGUCUUCCGUUUUCUUCAGCGGGAACAGCAGAGAAGACUCUCUCGGAAACCUCGUGGAAGCCUGCGACGGUGAACUGAACUCCCGAAUACAGUGGCUCAGUUCGCGCAACCCUUCGGACAGGGUAGACACGUCGUCGUAUACAAGUGACUUGUGCACGAGGUAAGGGGGAGGAUCUCGAUGGACGAGGACCGUGUUCCAUGAUAUGGUGAACGAGUUUCGUGGUUUUCGCGAUAGGACUUACGCGAACGAACUCCGCAAAGGAACGUUCUCACCGACGUUCCACCGAUCGGAGACGACUCCGAUCGCGUUCGACGCGUCGUCGCCGCGGUUCGAGGUUCGAGAAUCAGUGCGCGCCGUCAAUCGUAAUCAAUAAUCUUUGCUCAAUCGCGGAGAAUCGAGGAUAAUCGAAGUGUCUCAAAGCACGGGCCGCGUGCAAGUUAUCGUCGCCGCCAACGGUAACGGCAAUUUUCUUCGGCUUCAUCCGAUUCUUUGAUGCUCAUCCGCGCUCAAUCUAUCCUGGUAAUCCUGUUAAUCGCACGUUAGACACCCGGCAAUCACUUUCGCUCGUAUUUCCCGACGUUUACGUUUCCCCCUCCCCGCGGUGCGUGCAUUUGAAGCGAUACGCUAAGCAUACGAGGAUCAAAUGAAACGAUCGAACCGUACUUCGGACCACCGGACACGUGGAACGAGUCGGUCGGGUUCAGAUCGACUUGGGCGAAUCGCGUUCGGCUGAGAUUUUAAUAAUUUUUUAAUGAAAAGGGGUUAGUUCUUCGGAUAAAAUUAAUCCAAGAUUUAUUUGAGAAGGUUUAUUUGAGGUUCUCGAUGUUUACGAGAUGUCCCCACUUCAGAUUAACGUAUAGUAACACAGAAAGUCCUCCUAAGUUCAAUUCAUACUUGCAAAAUUUUACCAACCCCCGCUCUAAGUACCUAAAGUGUUAAUAUCUUGAACCCUGUUACCAUCUCAUUAUUAGACUCUCAUCGUCAAAAAUUCAGCCGAACGAACAGCUCCCGAUUGAACGACGCUAAAAACGUGAUCGUCGUGGAAGCGUGAUUAAUUCGCCCAGGACGCGGCGCUUACGGAGGGAUCGUGUCUCGAAGUCCGAAAAACUUGUCACGCGUGGAGCAAGAAAAUUGCAUCUGCCGGGUCGGAUAAUUCGGCGAUUGAAACGGCGGCUCCGCGCCGGGUCUCGACCCUUAGAAAAUUAUUUUUCUUUGAAAAUUACCGACCCCUUCGACUCGCCGUCCGCGGAGGAGGGGGUGAGGGGGCACCGACUCCGUAAACUCAUUAAGCGUUCCUUGUUCUCGCGAUCGUUAAUCGAGUCUCUCUCGCUACGGGAUAAAAAAACUCGACACCGAGGUGAAACCGUACGAACGGGGCGAAAUUAUCAUUCGAAUCUUCCUUGUUAACGCUCGCCGUGUCGUCCUCCGUUCUCCUUCGUCGCGGCGGUGCAUUUUCUCUUUCUUUUUCGGAUGGGGGGCGCGUGAUCCGCCGAGGCACGAACGUAACGAGACUGAAACGGAACAUUGCGCAACCUUCGUCGAACGACUGCUGGCCCACCAGUGACCAUUCUCGUUGGCGAACGUCCUUUGCAUAUCACGCGAACGAGAGAGGAACGCGCCCCCUCGAGCACGUGGGAAACUGUCGAGCAGGCAUGGGCAAAAUUCUUGUCUCAAAUUUCAAACAACAAAUGAGAAACAACCUCUCCAGCGUUACAGACUAAACGAAAAUCAGAUUUCAAAGUAUAGAAUGCAAAUCAUAUUUUAUCCUGAAUUGAAACUGACUUAAAAAUUAACCCAUUGCGUUUGAGAGGUGACUUUCAGUCACCACCAGGUUUGACGUAGUAAAUUAACCAGCAAUAAUGUUUGUUUAACUUUAAUUUUUUUGGAACUCGAAGUGUCAAUAAAAUGAUUGCCGAAGGGGUAAGGGUGACCUGAUUUUCAAAUAUCAAAUCAGAAAUCUCGUCUUCGAAGUCGAUCUAAGCUCAACAUUCGUGGCAGUAGAAUGCUAAGAAAGCAUCUCGAGUUCCUGAUAGAUACCAGAAAAAAGGCCUCGAGUGCAAAGGGUUAAAUAUAAAUCAUCGGUAACCGUGAUACGAAUCACUGUAUCUUCUGCUUAUUUAUCUAUCAGUCGAACAGAAUUCUGUCCAUGUCCGACUGUCGAGCGACGACGCGUCAACGACUUGUUUUAGCGGGCGAGGAUGAAGCGUGUAACAUAACUUUUUCUAAGUGGCAGGGUUUCGACAAUGCGCAAUAAACAUUUACGUAAAUGUAUAAUCGUGAAUACGUUACGAUGUAUCUACUAUCGUCGGAGCCCGACGUCGUUUCCGGUGACGGGCCCCUCGCGUUCACCCGCUCACAGAUUGUACAGACGUUUUUCCUUUCCGGUUUCUAUUCGACGUGCGCUCGUAUGGGAAACGAGGAACACGAGGGGAACGGGAAACGACGCGGGUUCGGGCACGCUCGAAGCUCAAUGCGAAACUAAAGACACAUGUUUUGGGUGUAUAUCACAACGGGGGCGGCUCUCAGGCUCGCUGAAAGGCGGCGAUUACUCUUGUCGAUUCGCUCUCUUGCGUCAUGGGGAUCCCCUAGACUUUCAGUGGUCGACGAUGGUUAAAAUCGGUGGUGACCCCUUGCUGGACGAAUUCAUUUUUUACCGAGUGUACCACGGUUAAUGGACUGAGACAUUUCUUGAGAGGGAAAGUAUUUUUUUUCGCUGUAAUUCUGACAUGCCAGUUUCUUUGCUAAGACGUGAAAUUGACAGGCCAGCAAGUUUAAUGUCAUUUAUUAUUUUUCGAGAUGGGGUAAUUUUUUAAUGUGCUUUAAUCAGGUGGUGAAAGUUAUAUCCUUGUCUUGGGAACCUUUCCUUUUAUAAUGAAUUUAUUUGUAUAAAGUACACCUGUGCAUGGGAUAUUUCAAGAAGCUUGAUUCUACUGUGACUUUCACCCCUUCGAUUGGUAGUGUAUUGAUCAAAUUAAUUAGACCACCCAGGGCUGGUUUUAUUCAAUGAUCUCGAUCUUAAGGUUCAUGUUCAGGUCUCCUUUGUACUCCUCUUCUGUGAAUCAAGUUCAGAACACCACGUGUCGAAACGCAGAUCGUCUCUCAUAAAUAUAAUAGAUCUACUGAUAAGAUGAGAAUGAAGUCAAUACGUAAAAAGAAAAAAGAAACACCAUAGUAUUAUUAUAACUGCAUCUGUCAUGUAAAUAAAAUCAUCAGAGGUAUAAGUCUCGUGCUGCAAGUGGAACGUGAUAGUCCUUACAAUAAUCCAUGUAAUGUACAAGUUUGAACACGUGGUUUUCUUAAUUUCCUUUGCAACCCUGAAGAGGAUCUAAAUAUGAGUCAAAAGAGUCGAGAGUAGUUUGUAACUACAAAUAAAUAAAACCAGCAUCGAUACUUUUGUUUGGAUAUCAAGAUGGUUUGUUAUUAGACGACAUUUUACUAUUUUGUGUCAAUAGUAUAGAGAUAGUUAACCAUGACCUGACAUUGACUUUCUCUUGUCGUGAUGAGAUAUUAUUAAACAUUAAUUUUUUUGACGAACACGUGACGUUAAGCAAUAAUACAAAAUGCAAUUAUUCAAUUACGAAUGGUGCCUAUUAUUUCUGCCAUGUUUUAAUUAUGAGUCUAACUCGAUAUUAUAACGCAAGGGGUUAGCCGUACAAUGUGACUUGUCAUAUUAGAAAGCACGAUUUUCAUUUCUAGAGGUGCACGUUCAAUUUCAAGUUCAUACACUUCACAAAGAAGCACCAGUUGUAAAUUCAAGUCCAACUAUAAUAGAAAGCAACGAUACAAAUAAAAAAAAAAUAACUUUAUUAGCUUAGAUAGUCCUCGACGCUCGUGUUCUCUGAAUUCUUUUAUUAAAUGCAAUAAGACCUGCCUAAGCAUCGUCAAUUCAAGGGGCGCGGCACUUAGGCAAGAUCGAUAAGCGAAAUUUGAUCGCUCUCGUGUUUCCUUCUUGCUCAGCUUCGUUUCCAUUGAUAAAUUGACCUCCUUGGACACAUUUAACUGUUAAAAUCCUUUCGAAUCGAUAUUCGGAGUCCUUCUAGGAUCCUCCGAGGAUCUAGAAGAAGGAUCGACAAGAUCGUCAUUACCAUGAAGCGAGCGAGCGACCGCCUCCGCACCGUGCAACUGAUCGUUACUCGUUUACCCGUCUCAUUCUUAGCUGAACUUUUCACUCUCAGACCGCCACCGUGCGCCAUUGUUGGGCAAAAUAUACUCCACGAUCGUGAUUACUCUCUGGUAAUCACGAUUAACAAAUAAUUAAACUUUAAACUAAAAUAAUUAAACCGAAAGAUCAUAAAUUACCGAUUCAGUCUCGCGGAUUACAAGUGUAGCCCGUAACUCCCUGAUUGAUCCGACAAUUGCAAACGUACUCGGGAAACGAUCGCAAAGCGAUGAUUGGCCAACACUGGCGCGCGUUUAGGGGUCUCUGAGGCUAGUAUGAGAGAGCAAUCCGGUGAUAUCGAUGCCGAGAGUGGCGCGAAGCCGAUUCCUGCGUCCAUUGCGUGACGCACGGUGCUUGACGAGUGGAUCCAAAGGCGAUCUAUCGAUCCCUCGUCGUUCCUUCGAUUUCGACUUCGACCUCGCCACUCGGCCGAGACAGCCCCUUCGAUCACGGCGCGUGUCCGCGCGAGAGCAGACAGAAACAAUUGCGAACAGAGAGCAACCGAUUGGACGAGGAGUGUCGCGCUGAUGGAUCGUGUAAUUUAAUCUUGUACAUAGGGUACAUUUUGUAUAUUGUUAAAAGUUUGUGUGAUAUAAAUGGUUAUGUAUUUACUAUUAAAGCGGCGGAUUGGGAGUUCUGCGCGCCCCACGGGCGAUCGCGCGUGCCAAGACCGCUGGAUGCCGAGCGUCGGGGAUUUCGUUUUCCACGACGAUCGAUCGAUCGUUCGGCUGGCUGGCCGUGACGAUUGGAGCGAUUCUCGAAUCAGUUUCAAUCCUGCGGUUCGCACCGACCUCAUCGGUUCCGGUCAACGUUCAAUCGAUGGCGUUGUUAGCUUUUUACACUUGGUUAUUCCUGGUUGCGUUUGAGGAAGCAUGUGCGCUUGGAGGGUCAAAAGUGAGUUGUCAUUUGUUUGCCAUUUUUUGCAGGAUCGAGUAAUUAAAUUUACGAAAGCAAGGUUUUAGUCAUUUGUAAAUAUAUCUUUUACGAGUAAUUUGGUGGCUUGGUUGUUAAAAAAUUUGUGCAGGGUGCUGAGAUAUGGUUACUGGUGCUAUAGUAUAUUUCACUAUCAUGGUUUAAUGGCAACGAGGUGUGUCCUCUAGAAUAUUGAUCUAAAAUCAAAAACGAAUUAAACAUAUUGAAGUGCCAGAGUAAAUCUAACAAAUCCAUUAAUUUUCAGAGCCUAUUUUAUUUUUAAAUUGAUAUUCAAUACAGCAUGGCAGUCGUUUAAAAUUAAAAUAUAAAUUUUCCAAGCAAGGGUUGCUGAUUUCGUGACAAUUAAAAAAAUAAUUUAAGACUCGGAAGAAGACCCUUUACGAGAAGGACUGUGUUAUAGCAUUUUCCUCCCCUCCUAAGUGUACAUGCAUCCUUGAGGAACUGUUUUCCGUUCGACUUUUGAACACCAAAUCGGACCUAAGUUGACGACGUACUUUUGUCGCUCUUGGCUCUAGGUGCUAAGCGUGAUGAUUCGUUAUCUCGCACCAGACGAUGAUUUGUCUAUAUAUACAUAUAUGUAUAUAUAUCUUUUUUUUUUUUAGAAUCUUAUGUAGACUGGCAUCCAGUGGUGAUGGCACGCAAACGUCCUCAGUUGAGCGAACACGCGGUCGGAUCUCCACGGUCCCUCUGCGUUUAGUUAAUUUUGUUAUUUGAUUUAAUGUCGACUUCUUAUCCGGGACCCGACAUCUGUGAAUGGUUUCGCGGCCUCUUGUAAAAUACAAAAUACACGGACACACAUACAAAACACGUUUAUUAAUUAAUAAAAUCACAAGUUUUUAGAAAAUCA